AUGCAUUUUCUUAUUCCUCUUGCCGUGUUUUUGGGACUGGCGAUUGCCGCCCCAGCGGGUUCUCCUAAACCCUCGCUUUCCGUCAGAGAUGACGACGAUGAUAAGGGUGGUCCCCUUGGCAUUGGCAGCGAUGACGGCGUUCUUGGUACGAAACUCUUGAAUGACGACGGUUUGAAUGUUGUCAAUGAUGGCCAUCUUCUUGGGAUUGGAGGUGAUGAUGGUCUUUUGAAUACUGGGAUUGGUGGGAAGGAGGAUGAUGGUGGGGAUGGUGACAGUGAUAGUGAUGAUGAGGAUGACGACGAUGAGGAUAAUUAA